UGCAAAGCAUUGUGGCUUAACCACCACUAUCCUCGCAAAACAGCGAAUCCCAGGUGCAGAGAGAGGAGGGCAGGGCCCAGGUACAGCUGCGGCAAAGCGGGUCAGUGUCUCUCCCCUCUCUCAUUGGCUGUCAGGCUGAGUGUAGUCAUUUGAAUUCUGGUAGGAAUGAUAAAUAAAAGCUCACAGCUCUCUCUGACAGACAGAAGAAAAAGUCACGCUUGUUAUCUCAGGCUGAGAGUUUGAAUGACACUUCUGUACGAGACAGGCAGUAAUCAGGAACAUGGAUUUUACCUUGGUCUCUGUGCCAUGGGAUCCAGUAUCCACCAAAAUGCACCAACCAUAUAGGAAAUUCUCUGACUGGAAGUUUAAGCUGUUUCGAGUGAAAUCUUUGGAAAAGUCCCCCUCUCAAGAGGAAGAAGAUGAUACUGGAGUGUCCUCAAUCAGCUCCCAGGAGACAUCACCUUAUUUUGAUGUCAGUUCAGAUGACCUUAGUCAGGAGACUUUAUCGCAAUCACCUUCAGAAUGCAUAAGGCAGGAAGAAAGUAUGAUGGACAAUGACUCAGAGUUGAUAAGAAUUGAGGAAGAUGCUCACAUGGCCACUUUACAACACCUGUGCCGUAUUUGUGGUGUUUCUUUUAAAAUGGAUCAACAGAGCAGACAAUAUCCAGUCCACGGGCCUGUGGACGAUGAGACUCAAGAAGUCCUAAGACGGAGAGAGAAGAAAGCCACCUCUUGGCCUGAACUUAUCUCCAAGGUUUUCAAAGUUGACGUCAGGGGUGACUUGGACACUAUUCACCCAACGCGUUUCUGUCAUAACUGCUGGACUAUCAUGCAUCAGAAGUUCACAAAUACCUCCAGCGAGGUUUAUUUCCCCCGCAAUAAAGUUGUGGAGUGGAAGUCUCACUCGACCCCGUGUGAGGUUUGCAAUUCCUCCAAAACCCGGGGGAAAAGAAAAGGAGGAUUUCUCCACAAUUCGACCCUUCCCAAAAAACGCAAAAUCAGCAUCGAGAAUGGAAAAAAGAACAAAAAUGGAAAUACCACAUCCUUCUGGAAGAACAGUAAAGCUCUAAAUCAGAUAAAGACUAUCUGCAAAAAAAUCCACCUUGAUGCCAAUCUCCUGGUUGUGGACUAUCCUUCUGACUUUGUCAAGUCGGUGACUUGCCAAGUGUGUGAACAUAUUCUUUCCGAUCCAGUGCAAACUGCCUGCAAGCACCUGUUCUGCAGGAACUGCAUUCUUAAGUAUAUCAAGAUCAUGGGCUGUUACUGCCCAGCCUGCAGAUACACGUGCUUCCCAACUGACCUUACAACGCCAGUGAAAUCUUAUCUGAAUGUUUUAAAUUCCUUGGUGCUAAAAUGUACAGUGGCUGGGUGUGAUGAAGAGGUCUCUCUUGGAAAAUACUCUCACCACAUCUCUAAACAUAAGGAGAUUAAAGGUAAAGAAGCCUAUGCUCAUAUCAACAAAGGUGGUCGCCCCAGACAACACCUGCUGUCGCUGACAAGGAGAGCUCAAAAACAUCGUCUAAGAGAGCUAAAGAUGCAAGUAAAGACCUUUUCUGACAAAGAAGAAGGGGGAGAUGUUAAAUCAGUUUGCUUGACUCUCUUUCUGCUGGCCCUAAGAGCAAGGAAUGAGCACAGGCAAGCAGAUGAGUUAGAGGCCAUCAUGGAAGGCAGAGGAGCAGGUCUUCAUCCUGCUGUUUGUCUUGCAAUAAGAGUAAACACCUUCCUGAGCUGCAGCCAGUACCACAAAAUGUACAGAACAGUAAAAGCCAUAACUGGUCGUCAAAUCUUUCAGCCACUCCAUGCUCUCAGAAAUGCAGAGAAGGCCUUGCUGCCAGGGUAUCAUCCAUUUGAAUGGAAGCCUCCUCUGAAGAAUGUCUCUACCAGUACAGAUGUUGGUAUCAUGGAUGGGCUUUCAGGACUGAAUCGUUCAGUUGAUGAAUACCCAGUGGAGGCUGUUUCUAAAAGGUUUAGGUAUGAUGUAGCCUUAGUUUCAACUCUAAAAGACAUGGAAGAGGAUAUUCUCGAAGGCUUAAAAUCUCAGGAUUUGGAGGAAUACCUAAGCGGUCCUUUUACUGUGGUGAUCAAAGAGUCUUGUGAUGGAAUGGGAGAUGUCAGCGAGAAGCAUGGCAGUGGUCCACCAGUUCCUGAGAAAGCAGUACGUUUCUCAUUCACAAUCAUGACCAUCAGCAUUCCCAACAACAGUGGGUCUGUUAGAAUCUUUGAAGAGUCCAAACCAAACUCUGAACUUUGCUGCAAACCCCUUUGUCUAAUGCUUGCUGAUGAAUCAGACCACGAAACUCUAACAGCCAUCUUGAGCCCUUUAAUAGCUGAGAGAGAAGCCAUGAAAUCCAGUGAACUAAUGUUGGAAAUUGGUGGAAUCCUCAGAAAUUUCAAAUUUGUCUUCCGUGGCACAGGGUAUGAUGAGAAGCUUGUUAGAGAAGUAGAAGGACUGGAAGCCUCAGGCUCUAUCUAUAUUUGUACCCUCUGUGAUGCUACUCGGCUGGAAGCUUCUCAGAACUUAGUCUUCCAUUCUAUUACCAGAAGUCAUUCUGAGAACUUACAGCGCUAUGAGACAUGGAGAGCCAACCCUCACAAUGAAUCUGCUGACGAGCUUCGUGACAGAGUAAAAGGAGUUUCAGCAAAGCCAUUUAUUGAAACCCUUCCGUCCAUUGAUGCCUUACAUUGUGAUAUUGGAAAUGCAGCUGAAUUUUACAGGAUAUUUCAGCUAGAAAUAGGGGAGGUCUACAGAAGUCCCAAUGCAACCAAAGAAGAGAGAAAGAAAUGGCAAACUAUACUUGACAAACACCUUAGAAAGAAGAUGAACUUAAAACCCAUAAUGAGAAUGAAUGGAAACUUUGCCCGGAAGCUUAUGAGUAAAGAGACUAUAGAAGCAGUGUGCGAAUUAGUGCAAUGUGAAGAGAGACAACUGGCGCUCAAAGAACUAAUGGACUUGUACCUCAAAAUGAAGCCAGUCUGGCGCUCUUCAUGCCCUGCCAAAGAAUGCCCUGAUCUGCUAUGCCAAUAUAGUUAUCACUCUCAACGUUUUGCAGAACUUUUAUCCACAAAGUUCAAGUACAGAUACGAGGGCAAGAUUACCAACUAUUUUCACAAAACCCUUGCCCACGUUCCAGAGAUCAUUGAACGCGAUGGCUCCAUUGGAGCCUGGGCCAGUGAAGGAAACGAGUCUGGCAACAAGUUAUUCAGACGUUUCAGAAAAAUGAAUGCUCGUCAGUCCAAGAUAUACGAGAUGGAAGAUGUGUUGAAGCAUCACUGGCUGUACACCUCCAAAUAUCUACAGAAGUUUAUGAAUGCCCAUAUUAAUCUAAAAAAUCAAGGUUUUACGGUAGAUAUAGAUCCUCAAGCAACACAAGAGGAAGCUGUAGAUUGUUCUAUUGAUAAUUUAGAUUCAAUGGAAUUCUGAUUUCAUCUGUCAGAAAUCUAUGCAUUUGUUUUAUGUUACGGCUAGAGUUAACCAGGUGUUCCUUUAAUGGAGGCCGACCAGCCUAAAGAGCCGGAGAUACUCCUUUGGUUAGCAAUAAGGAGUAUGAGUGAUACAGUUUUCAAAGGGUGCCAAGAGUUAACUAAGGAGCGCUGAGUAACUUACAAAGGGCAUCAAGCUGCAGAGUAACGUUAUCGAAAAUGUCCUAGCAUUUGUGCUGGUGAAGGGACUUUAAUAUAUAUUGGUCCUUACUAGCCGUGUGUUUGUUUAAUAUUGAAUGAGUAUCAUCAAUAUACUAAGCAAACCCAAAGUGCUUUUACUGUUUGUAAAUGAAAGGGAAAAUGGAUCGCUAAUACUAAAACGUCUGUUUUAUUUGCUGCAUUGGAAGCGAUCAUUAAUUUACUUUGAUGUUUAAAAAUGUCAGGAGUUAAGGACAUGCAGUAAACAUACAAGAGAAGUUUUAUUUUUUUGUUAUAUUUUUUAAGGUAAUAAGCAGUAAGGCAGCAAUACUUUAGCUCAAAUUUGUAAGCCCAUGGCUCAAAAUUACUACCAUUUUAGCAAGCUUCCUGUUGUGUAUACAGAAUAGGAAGUGAAGACAAAUCUUCCAAAUAGGACACAAACAGCAGUUUUAACUUUUCCACAAUCUAAAAAACAACCCAAAACCUUAAAAAAUAGACCCCAAAGUUUCGCAUUUUUGAUUUUGCAAGGUCCUAUGGCAGGAGUAGGCAACCUCGGCACUCCAGCUGUGGUGAAACUACAAAUCCCAUUAUGCCUCCUCCUCUAGGAGUCAUG